CACAAACAGACACGGCUGCGACGAUUUCAGUAACGUGAAUGCUCCGGCUUCUAAAUCGUGAUGUAAAGUGAACAAUACGGAGGACAUCCACAAAAUGAAGGUUCAGCGCCAUGGGGUUAUUGUCAUUAUAGUUAUUACCAUGGGUACCAGUCUUAUGGUUGUGUACAACAACAGCUUCACCGACACGUCAGGGACAGGGUAUCACAUGGAUGUUGCUGCUACUGGACGACCAGUGGAUAAGCCCAGGAAAGCGCAGCCUAAACCAGGAAGAGCCCUGUCAUCAACCCUACAGGGCUACACUGGAGUCAUCGAUCAAAAGCCUCUGAGGAUGCACUGUAACUGCUGUGCCUUGGUGACCAGCUCGGGCCACCUUACCGGCAGCAACCGUGGGGACGAAAUCGACCGCACCGAGUGCGUCAUCCGCAUGAACGACGCCCCGACUGGGGGUAGUUUCCAGCGGGAUGUGGGCCAGCGUACCAGCCUGCGCGUCAUCGCCCACUCCAGCCUGCAGAAGGUACUGCGGAGCCGGCAGGAGCUGCUCAACGUCAGCCAGGACUCAGUCUUCCUCUUCUGGGGACCCAGCAGCUGCAUGCGACGCGACGGCAAAGGCCUGGUCUUCAACAACCUGCGUCUGGUCAACCAGCUGCUGCCCAAGCUCAAGGUCUACGUCAUCUCCCAGCUCAAGAUGCCGCAGUUCGACGAGCUCUUCAAGAAGGAGACAGGGAAAGACAGGAAGACCUCUAACUCAUGGCUGAGCACUGGUUGGUUCACCAUGGCCAUUGCCCUGGAGCUCUGUGACAGGAUCAAUGUCUAUGGCAUGGUGGCUCCUGACUUCUGCAGGGCUCCUUCCCAUCUCUCGGUGCCGUAUCAUUACUACGAGCCUUCGGGGCCUGACGAGUGCUCCAUGUAUUUCUCCCACGAGCGCAACCUGCGCGGCAGCCACCACCGCUUCAUCACGGAGAAGACAGUGUUCGCCAACUGGGCCCGGACGUUCGACAUCCACUUCUACCAGCCAGACUGGAGCCCGUCCUCUACUCUCAAUGGAAACAUCUCACUCACACCUGCUUCAGCUGGCUCCUGAUCCCAGACAGAUAGACAGAAAGGUCCCCAGGACCUGGGGAAGAAGUGACUGUGUGUUUGGACUCCAACAUGCUGAUUUUCCUUAUCCUCUCCAUGGUUCCCUUAUGGGAGGAGUGGAACAGUACAAGGGUCAUUCCACUAAUUCGGUGCCUUUUGAGAAGUGUAACUUGGUAAAAAAAAAAAAAAAAAGUUUGAUUUAACCUAAUUUUAACAUUCUGACAUAAAUAGUACGUCCAACUUCAUAAAAAACACGUUUUCCCAUAUCAAGGGGUUAGAUAAAAAAAAUACUAUAGUGCCUAUUAAGUGCCAAAUAAAGUAACAGGGUUGACCGUAACAGGGUUGACCAUAACAGGGUUGACUGUAACAGGGUUGACCAUAACAGGGGUGACGAUUUCAGUUCACGUAACAUGUUGACCUUAAAAUGAAGGACAGACAUAAUCACGUUGAAUAAAUAAUAAUCUUCAGAAAUGACUUUGUCAAAGAAACAAAAUAACUAAGGCUUUACAAUGAUGGUGAAACUUUGAGAAAUGUUGGAAUUAAGUGGGUUAACAUCUUCCUAGAAGUGACACAGGGUUGACGGGGGAAAUGUCAAAAUACAGAAUCUUGGCACUUUAGCAAGCCUCAUACUUGAUCACCUAGCUACGUUGUUUGCUUUAUUGCCAAAGAAGUAACUAAGUAACAGAUUACUUAAAUUGAAAACGAAUGCGUUAGGUUACUUGUUACCUCAAAAAGUAAUCUGAGUACUUUAACGCGUUACUUUGGAAUCCUAAUGCCGGUAGCUACACUCCCAAACAGGGACGACCCUUCGGAAUGGUGGGAUGUCAUGCUAUCUGCACAGCAUCCACCUGAGACCUGGAUCAUGUGCUCAGCACACCUAUGACCAUCCCGGAGGUGGACCUGGUUGGAUUUAAGGGCUUCAAGGGACAAGCUGGGUUUAAACAAGCUUAUUUUUUAAUUAGUCCAGUCCCUAUAAAUAACACUCUCAGGUCGACAUGAUAACUAUGUUUGACCUUGCCUGGUAAAAUAAAGAUGAAAACAAAGGUUUGGAAAUGCAGUGUAAAUUCAUAAGUAGGUUUCGGUGCUUACAAACUGUAUUCACCUACAAGCCUCUUUAUUCUUAUUGUUGGAAAAGGUUAGUCUGAGUUUUAUAGGACCAAAAGUGCCAAGGUGGUGUACUUGUUUUACAAAUAAUAAGCAGUCUUGUCUUGACUUGACUUGGGUGAGGAAUCCUGUUUCCAAACCAACCUAAUAAAACAGGCGUUAACAAAGGUUAAAAACAAAUCAUGAGCUAUCCCCCUUCCUCUUUCAACAGUGUUCAACUUUAUCACCAUUGAAAUCAUACCGUUUGUAGAUGCAGGGUGUAGAGUACAUUACAGUAUGUGUCAGUAUUUGACACCUCAUUGAGCCGGAGGAUGAACAGCCAAUGUUCCAUGUCAUAGUCUGAUGCUUUCAUCUCCUGAGCAGCAAUUUCCAGCAUGACACAUAUCCCCAUUCCUGACAUAGAUAAGCACUGGCGCUAAAUUGCUAAAAUUACAAAUGUUGAUAGCCCCUGGUAGUGGGGGAGAUGGUUUUGGGAUGUUUUGGUGGUGAUUCUUGAAUGGUUUAUCAGUAAAAAGUGACAUCAUUAUGCAGUGGGACCAAACUGUUUUCUGCACAUAGUUGAGAUAAAGUAUAAGAUAAAUAUAGGAAAAGAUUGCAUAGCCUACGCACAUCCAAUACUGAGCAGGUGCUGGAAAUCAAAUAAUAUGAUCAGCUAAAGGUAAAAACAGAAGGCAGUGUACAGAGUGAUGAUUUAUAAGGUAUUAUAACUUCUCUUUUCAUAGGCAGUUAAUAACUUGGCCUCAGUCCACUUUUAGAUGACCAGAAGGUAGGAUUAAGACAGACUGUCAUUUCUCUAAAUGUCAAAAGCUAGUGGAAUUUCUUGGCAAAUUUUAAAUGUGAAGGUUAUGAGGAGUUUUAAGAGAUAUUACUCUUGGUUUGCCCUGACACCUAGUGGCUAUUUGUGUUCUCCAUCUGUAUGGACUGGUCUGUAGGUUCGGGAGAAUGAAUGUCCUGUCAUCUAUGACUGUUUUAACUUUGCUUGUGGGCAUAGCGGGGCACUUUGCAGUGUGUGGGUGGUCUAUAUGGACAACAAUUGUUCCAAAAUUGCAAUUGCCACCUGUUUCCCGCCUGGUGUUUUUCACCAGUAGAAUAUAGGCUCACCCUUUGUCUUUAGUCGAUAGUUCAUAGUUGACAAAAUAUUCUAAAUAUGGGUCUUACAGUCUGUGAGGAACCUUUAUUAUUGAUCAUUCUGCGAGGCCCCUAUUUACACUAACAAGCCUGAAAGGAACCUUUACCAUUAUAAACCAGCCUGUAAGGCCCCUAUUUGCUCUGAUCAGCCUCAGAGGAGCCUUUAUUAUAGACCAUUAGACCAGCCUGUUAGGCCCAUAUUUACUCUGACCAGCCUGAGAGGAAACUUUAUUAUAGAUUAGCCUGUAAGGCCCCUAUUCACUUGGAUCAGCCUCCAAGGAGCCUGUAUUGUGUUAGUUGUAUUAAUAGAUACAGU